CGACGCCGCUGCACGCCUUGGCUCGCGCCAUGAAGCUCAACGUGGACGGCCUGCUGGUCUAUUUCCCCUACGACUACAUCUACCCGGAGCAGUUCUCCUACAUGCUGGAGCUCAAACGCACUCUGGAUGCCAAAGGUCAUGGAGUCCUGGAGAUGCCCUCGGGCACUGGGAAGACAGUGUCUCUGUUGGCUCUGAUCAUGGCGUACCAGCGGGCAUACCCACUGGAGGUGACCAAACUCAUCUACUGCUCGAGGACUGUGCCCGAGAUUGAGAAGGUGAUCGAAGAGCUGCGCAAGUUGCUGAACUUCUACGAGAAGCAGGAGGGCGAGAAGCUGCCGUUCUUGGGGCUGGCUCUGAGUUCCCGUAAGAACCUGUGUAUUCACCCUGAGGUGACGCCCCUGCGCUUUGGGAAGGAUGUGGAUGGGAAAUGCCACAGCCUCACGGCCUCGUAUGUGCGGGCGCAGUACCAGCAGGACUCCAGCCUGCCCCACUGCAGCUUCUACGAGGAAUUUGACACUCACGGGCGCCAGGUGCCCCUCUCUGCCGGUAUCUACAACUUGGACGACCUGAAGGCUCUGGGGCGGCGCCAGGGCUGGUGUCCGUACUUCCUCGCCCGCUACUCGAUCCUGCACGCCAAUGUGGUGGUUUACAGCUACCACUAUCUCCUGGACCCCAAGAUUGCUGACCUGGUGUCCAAGGAGCUGGCCCGCAAGGCCGUCGUGGUCUUUGACGAGGCCCACAACAUUGACAACGUCUGCAUCGACUCCAUGAGUGUCAACAUCACCCGCCGGACCCUUGACCGCUGCCAGGGUAACCUGGAGACCCUGCAGAAGACUGUGCUCAGGAUCAAGGAGACAGAUGAGCAGCGCCUGCGUGAGGAGUACCGGCGCCUGGUUGAGGGGCUGCGUGAGGCCAGUGCCGCCCGGGAGACCGACGCACACCUGGCCAACCCCGUGCUGCCUGACGAGGUGUUGCAGGAGGCGGUGCCCGGCUCCAUCCGCACGGCCGAGCACUUCCUGGGCUUCCUGCGGCGGCUGCUGGAGUAUGUCAAGUGGCGGCUGCGCGUGCAGCACGUGGUGCAGGAGAGCCCUCCCGCCUUCCUCAGCGGCCUGGCCCAGCGCGUGUGCAUCCAGCGGAAGCCCCUCAGGUUCUGCGCCGAACGCCUCCGAUCCCUCCUGCACACAUUGGAGAUCGCUGACCUGGCCGACUUCUCUCCUCUCACUCUCCUUGCUAACUUUGCCACCCUCGUCAGCACCUACGCCAAGGGUUUCACCAUCAUCAUUGAACCCUUUGACGACAGGACCCCGACCAUUGCCAACCCCAUCUUGCACUUCAGCUGCAUGGACGCCUCGCUGGCCAUCAAGCCUGUGUUUGAGCGCUUCCAGUCCGUCAUCAUCACAUCUGGGACGCUGUCCCCACUAGACAUCUACCCCAAGAUUCUGGACUUCCACCCUGUCACCAUGGCAACCUUCACCAUGACUCUGGCCAGGGUCUGCCUCUGCCCCAUGAUCAUUGGUCGUGGCAAUGACCAGGUGGCCAUCAGCUCCAAAUUUGAGACCCGGGAAGAUAUUGCUGUGAUCCGGAACUACGGAAACCUCCUGCUGGAGAUGUCCGCCGUGGUCCCAGACGGCAUCGUGGCCUUCUUCACCAGCUACCAGUACAUGGAGAGCACCGUGGCCUCCUGGUACGAGCAGGGUAUCCUAGAGAACAUCCAGAGGAACAAGCUGCUCUUCAUCGAGACCCAAGAUGGGGCUGAGACCAGUGUUGCCCUGGAGAAGUACCAGGAGGCAUGCGAGAACGGCCGUGGGGCCAUCCUGCUCUCAGUUGCCCGGGGCAAAGUGUCUGAGGGGAUCGACUUUGUGCACCACUAUGGGCGGGCCGUCAUCAUGUUUGGGGUCCCCUACGUCUACACCCAGAGCCGCAUCCUCAAGGCACGGCUGGAGUACCUGCGGGACCAGUUCCAAAUCCGUGAGAAUGACUUCCUGACCUUCGACGCCAUGCGGCACGCGGCCCAGUGUGUGGGCCGGGCCAUCAGGGGCAAGACCGACUACGGCCUCAUGGUCUUUGCCGACAAGCGGUUUGCCCGGGCAGACAAGCGGGGGAAGCUGCCCCGCUGGAUCCAGGAGCAUCUCACAGACGCCAACCUCAACCUGACCGUGGAUGAGGGCGUCCAGGUGGCUAAGUACUUCCUGAGGCAGAUGGCGCAGCCAUUCCACCGGGAGGAUCAGCUGGGCCUGUCCCUGCUUAGCCUGGAGCAGCUGCAGUCGGAGGAGACACUGCGCAGGAUCGAGCAGAUCGCGCAGCAGCUGUGAGCGGCAGGACAGGGCCAGAGGGCUGUGUGUGACCCCAGAGUAGCCCUGGGUCCCAACAGCUGGCAGGGCACCUCAGGGGAGGAGCUUAAAGGACCCUGCAGGAAACCUCAGACACAUGUUCUUCGUUGACAAAUCGAAAGCCUUUAGUUGCAGGAGAGGAGGGUGGCGGGGAAGCCCAGUACCCGCGAGAGGAGAUACUGUGAGGAGAUGAGGAGGGGGCUCCCCACCACCCCCUCCCCACUCUUCUUCCUGAGACGCUGCGGCCAUUGUGGCCGCUUUGUCUUAGCGAGGGCCUAGGUCCUGGGUGCUGGCGCUGAGGGUCCGCUGGGCCUCACUCAGGUGCCGGUUGGGGAACUGGGAACAGGGCAUGGGAUGGUUGAGGGGUGGGUGAGGGCAGGACACACUUCUGCACCACUGCCACUGUGUCUAUGCCUCUGCGUCCAUGGCUAUACCUUGCCCCCGUGUGUCUCCACAUUCACCCCCCAUCUUCAUGUCCACCCUAUGUCUACUCCCCUGUUCCCAUGGCUACACUUCUGCUGCCAAGUCCACCCUCCUGCCCCAUGACCACCUCACUGCCCUCUAGGCCAGUACAUGGCCAUGUUGCUCAUCCCCCUGUCCCCACACCUAGCCUCACUCUAACCUGUCCAUCCCCUUGCCUCUACCCCACGUAUAACCUGUCCACUCUCCUGUCUGUGGCCACUCCAACACCCAAGCUCCAAGGCUAGCCUGACUGCCCCCACCCUUCCCUCAUCUCGGCCCACCAGCAUGGCUACACCCCCUCCAUAUGACCCAGGUGUCCCUAACACCUGCACUUGAGUCCCUGCAGUCCUUGGGCCAUCCACAUUCAGCAUGUUGAGUGACACGGCUCUCUUCAUCCUGCAGAGGGGGCAGGUGGGGAAGGAGUAAAUUCCAGGACUGUCCAACACCAGGUUUGAUCUGUAUGUGCCAUAGCGGGAGAUGGGAGCCAUGGAAGGUUCUUGAGCAGGGGAGGAGAGGAGGGGAAGGGGCUGCAGCUUCUGCAGACAUUAAGGCUCUUUGCUAACUGGAUCCAGCACUCACCCAGCUGCUCCCGCCACCCCCUCGCCUCGGAGCCGGGAGACCAGCUUCUCGCUUCCCCGCCGGAUGGACUCCCGGAGUUUGGAGAAAGAGCUGCUCCGACGAAGGGCCUGGGGGGUGUCGGGACACCAGUCAGUCCCCCAUCCCAUCCAGUCCCCAUUGCCACCACAAAGCCAAAGCAAAGCCUGGCCUUACUUGUUGGUCCGCAUCUUCAGCUCUGCCUGUACUGGGGGCUCCUGGGGAAUGGAUGGGGACAUGAAGGUGGGAAGGGGGCUUAAGAAGCCUCCUGGGGGGGGAGGGGCAGGGGCUCACCGAGAGGGGC